AUGGACUUGACCCGCUCCCGCUCUCGCCUGAACUGUGCAGCUUCUAAACCCAUCAUUCCAGUGUCGGAGGGCAGACAGACGCCGGCCGCCGACGCCACCGUCGUGCACGGCCCGGGCGCCGAGCACACCGGCGCGCGGGAGUCGUGCCCGCGCAGCGCCCUGCUGGACCAGAGCCGGCGGCACCGCACGGCGUUCACGCGCGAGCAGCUGUCCCGACUGGAGCAGGAGUACGGGAAGGAGAGCUACGUGUCCAGGCCGCGGCGGUGCGAGCUCGCGGCGGCGCUGAACCUACCGGAGACGACGAUCAAGGUUUGGUUCCAGAACCGGAGGAUGAAGGACAAACGUCAGAGACACUCGCUGCCCUGGUCUCACCCGCUGGUCGACCCGCUCGGCGCCCUGUUGAUGGGCCGGGCUUCUCCUUCUUCCACCCUGCCCUACCCCUUCAUUCCUCCCCAUCUCCCUCACCUCUCCCUCCAUCACUACUCCCCGCUGGCGCUGCCCUCACCAGUGGCUUCAGCCCACAGUCCCUACACGGCCUCCGUGGGUCUGGACCCGCUCCGCCUCUCCCAGUACCACGGCCGACCCGGGGGCCUGACUCCAAACACGGGCCUCUACCCGUUCCCCGGCGUCAUGCAUCAUCCGGCCUCGUGCCCCUGUCCGCUCUGCUUACACUGGGGAUCAGAACAACUCGUCAAAGCCAGAGGGGAGGCACUGGAACUGAACCAGCCCCGCAGCCCCAAGGCCAGCGCCCGGCCCGCCAGUCCGGACCAGAGACAGCGGAUCGCGUAGUCCAUCCAGUCAAUCUGUCCCGCACCAAAACGAGCAUUAGCCCGGUAUCAAAAACACAAAAGCAAAGGAUCCCGAUCCGCAUUUACAAGUUAAAAGUUGUUACACAAGAGGGUUACUUUGCAAAUGAAGCGAAGGAUCGUCUGCACGUUGAACGUCACACAUAUCAUUCUUACUCAAAUUCAAGCUAGUUGGUUGAAAGCACAGUGGAGCCAGACAGAGUUUCACCUCGCGGUGCCUUUGUCUGAACUUCUGCAGCAUAUCCACACCUUAACGUGACUCGAGUGUCUCAUGGUCCGGUCUUGAGGGUCGGGUGUGACUUUAACAUAGCAAACACUCGUGAACAUGGAGGUUUUGGACCUGACCUGUUUUCUCAUAACUACUGACUACUGCUUUUUUAUUCUUAACUGACACUCAGGGUGAAAACAAAUGAAUCGUUUACAUUUUCAUUCAAGAACACAUUAAUUCAGUUGUUGUUUCUAUAUCAUUAUAAUAAAUACACUGGCUGACAAGAACUAAGUCAUCAAAUGCAGUUAAUACGGAAUCAGUUCCCUUCAGUCUGGAGGAAAUGCUAGUUAUCGUUUGCAGCCAAGGCUCCUGAAGAUGAUAUUUCCAAGCUUGAGCCCUGAAGUGCAACGUUCUAUUAGAGACGUAGUGGAUCAGCUGUAGGAGCUCAACACUCAGAGGCAGAUAAAAGUCUGCUCCACUGGUUCUGCUUGUGGUUAUAGUAGUUGGCUGUAGCUGCAAUUAUACUAAACACAAAACAUAUAGUUAUGGACAUGAAGAGGUGAACUGUCACAUCAAACACAAGGGACCGUGCGUGAUUCAUUUUAGCUUCAAGGUAAAGGUUGUGAGGUUUUAUGUUCUAGUUGUGAUUCCGAUCCAACAAUGUGUGUUGGCAUUUGGUUUUUAAUUGAGCAUCGGCUUUUAGGAGGCAGGAGUUUACACUUAGAAUAUGUGAAAAAGGUAAAUAAGCCAAAGACAAAAAUAUUGAAGCUUAUACUGUUAUUUGUGAUCAUACGUUUGUUUUGUGUCAUGGAAAUGUCUCCAGUGUCUGAUUGAAGAUGCUUAGUACAAAAAUGUGAUGUGUAGCGUGUUUUACAAUCACUGAAGGUUACUAAUUGUAUGAUGCUGACGUUAAGUUACAGGAACAGCGCAUUCCACGCUGCAGCCCAGAACCACAGCCACCGCUGCUCACAGCGAAGCCAUGCUUACGUUUCUAUAGUUAAAGGUUUUGUGGCCGUUCAAUGAUCUCUAGUCUUGACACUGACACUAUUUGCACUCUGAACACUAGAAGAGAGAAUAUUUUGCAUUUGAAGGAAUCUUUGUAAAUAGUCUGUUAAAAUUAAUAAAUAUCUG